CGUAAAUUCGCAUCCCUAUAUCGGCACAUACUUCAUGUUCAGACAAACUUUGCCUCUUUAUUGGGUUUAAGUGUGAAUUUACAGCAUACAAGUAUGGUUUUUGAAAGGGAAACGAUCAAAUAUGGAGAGCCUGACGAGGAGGCGGAGGAGGUAACGUUACGGCUACUGAAUUCAGAGUUUUCGCUGUAGUUUAAAGUGCAUUUGUUAAGUUAUGCAACGUGCACUUCAUCAACUACAGGAACAGACACCAGUGGAGGAGGAAGAUACAGAAGAUGGUGGUGAUGAGGAGGAAGACGAGGAGGAAGAAGAGAUGGUGGACCCCCUAGAAACAAUAAGACAGAAAUGUGAGCAGACGGCACAUUGCAUGCAUGCACAAGAAAGACUAGAAGCUUGUGAAACUCGAGUUGGCUCACGGUCACACACUGAAGAGGACUGCACAGAGGAGUUGUUUGACUUUCUACAUGCACGGGACCACUGCGUUGCACAAAAGCUCUUCAGUUCAAUUAAAUGAAGCCCCUCUGAAACACAAAACCUUCCAUUCCAGUGGAGUAUCUCAACCGGAGAUGUGUUUGUACAAAACAAGCAUAAACAGACAGAAAACUUGUAAUUGUGUUGUAUAUGUGAAUAAAUGUGUGUAGACUUCAUGUA